AUGCUCGGCCUUCUCUUCCUCUUUACCUCUGCCCUAGUCAGUGCAUACCCUAACCGGGGCCCCUGCACUGGCGACUGCUGGACUCAUGAUCCUUCUAUGAUCCAGCGAGUAUCAGAUGGAAAGUACUUCCGUUUCGCAACAGGCACUGGUGUCAAAAUCCAUACAUCACCGUCAGUCAAGGGACCAUGGACAGAUGCAGGCUCAGCCCUGCCAGACGGAUCAAACAUCCACAUCGAUGGCGUCGACAGUAAGGACAUCUGGGCUCCUGAUGUACACUACCAGAACGACCAGUACUACAUGUACUACGUGCUCUCCAAGAUUGGCACUCAGAACUCACAAAUCGGCGUAGCAACCUCCAAGACCAUGGAGCCUGGUUCCUGGACGGACCACGGCGUCGUCGGCCUGCCCGCCAACAGCAACUACAACCGCAUCGACCCAGCCUGGAUCAGUAUCGGUGGCAAGAACUACAUGAAUUUCGGCUCCUUCUGGGGCGAUAUCUUCCAGGUUGAGAUGGAGACACCUCUCAAAAUCGGCUCUGCUACUCCCUAUCAGAUUUCAUGGAACUCAACUCUCAACCACCGCGAGGAGGGCUCCUUCGAGUUCAAGCACGGCGACUUCUACUACUUGCUCUACUCUGCUGGUAUUGCCGGCAAGUACACCAAGGAUUUCCCUGCCGAGGGCGCUGAGUACCACAUCCGUGUUUGCCGCUCCCAGACUGGUCUCGGUGACUUUGUUGACGCCGACGGCACUCCCUGCACCAAGACUGGCGGCACAAUGCUCCUCUCCAGCCACGGCCAGGUCUUCGGACCUGGUGGCCCCGGCGUGGUCAAUGACAAGGACCUCGGUCUCGUCAUGUACUACCACUACUACCCUCUCGCCAAGAAGCAGAGCACCACUGUCUCCGACAACUCUAACUACAUGUACGCCUGGAACGCCCUCGGCUGGAAGGACGGCUGGCCUUACGUUAAGGCUGCUUAA